AUGAAGUUGGCUGUGAAGGUAGAGUUGAAGAUGGAGGUGAAGUUGGUGGUGAAGGUAGAGUUGAAGGUGGAGGUCAAGUUAGAGGUCAAGUUAGUGGUGAAGAUGGAGUUGAAUGUGAAGGUGAAGUUGGUGAUGAAGGUGAAGUUGAAGGUGGAGGUCAAGUUGGUGGUAAAGGUGGAGGUGAAAGUGAAGUUGGAGGUCAAAUUGAUGGUGAAGACCGAGUUGAAGGUGGAGGUGAAGUUGGUGGUGAAGGUGAAGUUGAAGGUGGAGGUGAAGGGGAUGAUGGAGGGUGGAGUUGGUGGUAAAGGUGGAGUUGAAGGUGGAGGUCAAGUUUGUGGGGAAGGUGGAGUCAAAGGUAGAGGUCAAGUUGGAGGUCAAGUUGGUGGUGAAGGUGGAGUUGAAUCUGGAGGUGAAGUUGGUGGUGAAGCUAAAGUUGAAGGUGGAGGUCAAGUUGGUGGUGAAGGUGGAGUUGAAGGUGGAGGUCAAGGUGGAGGUCAAGUUGGUGGUGAAGAUGGAGUUGAAGGUGGAGGUCAAAAAAGAAAACUAGUACUGAGAGAAGCUGGAGGUGAAGUUGGUGGUGAAGCUGGAGUUGAAAGUGGAGGUCAAAUUGGAGGUCAAGUUGGUGGGGAAGGUGGACUUGAAUGUGAAGGUGAAGUUGGUGGUGAAGCUGGAGUUGAAGGUGUUGGUCAAGGUGGAGGUCAAGUUGGUGGUGAAGCUGGAGGUGAAGUUGGUGGUGAAGCUGGAGUUGAAGGUGGAGGUCAAGUUGGUGGUGAAGGUGGAGUUGAAUGUGGAGGUGAAGUUGGUGGUGAAGCUGAAGUUAAAGGUAGAGGUCAAGUUGGUGGUGAAGGUGGAGUUGAAUGUGGAGGUCAAGUUGGAGUUGAAUGUGGAGUUGAAUGUGGAGCUGAAUGUGGAGCUGAAGUUGGUGGUGAAGUUGGAGUUGAAGGUGGUGAAGUUUGUGGUGAAGCUGGAGUUGAAGGUGGAGGUCAAGUUGGUGGUGAAGCUGGAGUUGACAGCUGGAGGUCAAGGUGGAGUUGA